AUGUUCUUCGAUGACUACUGCAUUUUCUCAUCGAAUAGGAAUCUAUCUCGUGGAUAUCUACAUGGGCUUCGGGCCAUGGUCUCUAAGGCCGGCCCAAAGUCCGAACUUGUACAGGCAUGUACACUUAUUGCUUUGGCAAAUCUAGGAAGUAAACUCGGAAACUCCAUGCACAAACACAGAGCGGAAAGCCUGUACUCCUCAUUGUUGCGAUCCUUCCGCCUGAGCAUUUCAAAUCAAGCGGUAUUCACCACAGUGGAGUCACUAAUUACCGCCACGCUACUGGGAUUAUACGAAAUCAUCACCAGUACUGGUACGUCUUUUCGCGCUCAUGCAGCUCAUGCCCAAGGGAUAUCAGCCAUUCUUAUUAGCAAAUUUUCGCCUUUUGACUUGCUGUGCGAUGGCGCGCUUUUCCGAGUCGCUAAUCCGACACCUCUCGAGGAUCUGGAAGUGGAGAUUUCUGAGCCUCCCUCAUCCCUUCCACAUUCCUCCGCAGUCGUCAACAAAGUAUCACAGAAAUUUAGUGUUCUUUGUACACCGCUAUUUAAUCAGUCAAGUUCAGCCAUAGAUUUCUUUUACGCAACAACGGUGUCUUUGGUGCGGAAAGCAAAGGAUUUGUUGGAAAACGAAGCCGAAGUCACUGUUGACCAACUUUGUCAACUCAAAUCUGAGGCUGAACAAUUGAGAGAGGCGUACGAUACGUGGCCAGCCACCGUACCUCAAGAAUGGAUACCCAAGCCAGUAGGGCAUAUUACACCUAAAACUGAAGACACAAUGCCCCAAGUUGGCUACUGGCCAACAACCAUUCUGAGCUAUUACGAUUUAUAUGUUGCUUCGCUAUGGAACAACUAUCGGAAAGCUGCUCUGCUGAUGUUGAGCAUCAUAUCAAGAUGCCACUAUCGAAUCAAUGGCCAUUUGAGCGACCAAAUAUUCGAAGACUCAAUACAAAAAGACAUCUUAAAGCAGAGGGAGGGGAUCAUAUCUUCUAUUCCAUAUCUUUUAACAGCAGAUUUGCCGACACUUGUUGAGAACGCCGCCAGGGGAUCCCCUCCCAUAGUCCCGGGCUAA